AGCGAGCGGGAGCGGGUCGAGGACCUGUUUGAAUACGAGGGCUGCAAAGUUGGCCGAGGCACUUACGGUCACGUCUACAAAGCCAAGAGGAAAGAUGGGUACAUUUACUGAAUAUAAGCCAUCAGUACAUCAUGAUAAUAAAGUUUCCACAGGGACAAAGAGAAAUGUCUACCAUCUACAAGGAAAGAUGAUAAAGAUUAUGCUUUAAAACAAAUAGAAGGAACUGGGAUUUCUAUGUCAGCAUGCAGAGAAAUAGCACUACUUCGAGAACUUAAGCAUCCAAAUGUCAUCUCUCUUCAAAAGGUGUUUUUGUCUCAUGCUGAUAGGAAAGUGUGGCUUCUGUUUGACUAUGCUGAGCAUGAUCUCUGGCACAUAAUCAAGUUUCACAGAGCUUCUAAAGCAAACAAGAAGCCAGUUCAGUUACCUCGGGGAAUGGUCAAGUCACUAUUAUAUCAGAUCCUAGAUGGUAUUCACUACCUGCAUGCUAACUGGGUGUUGCACAGGGAUUUGAAACCUGCUAAUAUUUUAGUUAUGGGUGAAGGUCCUGAGCGAGGAAGAGUAAAAAUUGCUGACAUGGGCUUUGCACGAUUAUUUAAUUCACCUUUGAAGCCUUUAGCAGAUUUGGAUCCAGUAGUUGUAACAUUCUGGUACCGAGCUCCAGAGCUCCUUCUUGGAGCAAGACAUUAUACCAAAGCUAUUGAUAUUUGGGCUAUAGGGUGUAUAUUUGCAGAGCUACUAACUUCAGAACCAAUAUUUCACUGUCGACAAGAGGACAUCAAAACUAGUAAUCCUUAUCACCAUGACCAGCUGGACAGAAUAUUCAAUGUAAUGGGAUUUCCUGCAGAUAAAGAUUGGGAAGAUAUAAAAAAGAUGCCUGAACAUUCAACCUUAAUGAAAGAUUUCCGAAGAAAUACAUAUACCAACUGCAGCCUUAUCAAGUAUAUGGAAAAACAUAAAGUUAAACCAGACAGUAAAGCAUUCCACUUGCUUCAGAAGUUGCUUACUAUGGACCCAAUAAAGCGAAUUACCUCAGAACAGGCUAUGCAGGAUCCUUAUUUCUUAGAAGAUCCACUUCCUACAUCAGAUGUUUUUGCAGGUUGCCAGAUCCCUUAUCCUAAACGUGAAUUUUUAACAGAAGAAGAACCUGAUGACAAGGGAGACAAAAAGAACCAGCAGCAGCAGCAGGGCAAUAACCAUACUAAUGGAACUGGUCAUCCAGGGAAUCAAGACAGCAGUCAUGCACAGGGACCCCCAUUGAAAAAAGUGAGAGUUGUUCCUCCUACCACUACCUCAGGUGGACUGAUCAUGACCUCAGACUAUCAGCGUUCCAAUCCACAUGCUGCCUAUCCCAACCCUGGACCAAGCACAUCACAGCCACAGAGCAGCAUGGGAUAUUCAACUACCUCCCAGCAGCCUCCACAGUACUCACAUCAGACACACCGGUACUGAGCUGCAUCUGAAUAAUGUCAAUGCACUGUUGCUAAUGCUGCAGGACUGACCAUGCAGCUCUCUGCCUGGAACCUGGUAUGGGCCAUGCGAAUGUACUGUACAACCACACCUUCAAAAUGUCCAAUAGCCAAGUUCUACCACUUUUCACAGAUUGGAGUAGUGGCUUGCAAAUGUUACCUGUUUUGGAGUUAGACUUGAAAAGAAAGUGCUAGCACAGUUUGUGUUGUGGAUAUGCUACUUCCAUAGUUUACUUGACAUGGUUCAGACUGACCAAUGCAUUUUUUCAGUGACAGUCUGUAGCAGUUGAAGCUGUGAAAUGUGCUAGGGGCAGGCAUUCCUUGUUGUAUGUGGUGAAUUCUCUCGAUGUAACAUUAUCUGACCAAUAGUACGCAAAAUCCUUUAACUGGUACUUGAAACAAACAGUAUAUGUUAACAACAACAAAAACCAACAAAAUAAUCAAGAUUCAGAUUGAGAUUAUUUUGAUAUAUAUUUCUUUUUAGUCUUUUCAAUGGGUUGAUUCAUUUUCCACAUGAUCAGUGUUUUUGACCAACAAAAUUAGUACAUUUUUUUCAAAGUACAUAAAGCCACGCAAUUUUUCCAGCAGAUUUCAGAACUCCCAAAGAUUAAUUUCCAACCUAUGAAUUUGUUUUUUGUUUUUUAAAUCGAUGACUUGACUGGUAUUAAAGCUGCUAUUCGAUAGUAAAUAAGUAUGUUGUCAUUGAUAUAAAUCUGUUUGGUUUAGCAAACAAACUAAAAAGAUUGUCAUAGACAGUGUUUUAUUUUUUCUGUUGGUGUUGCUGAUUGUGAGCAUGCUUUGAGAUGAAAAAGCAUGAGGUGAUAACUUCCUUUUAAAAGGUGCGGCAUCCAUUCAGAUAUUUUGUCCUGAUUUUCAGAGCUGACUUGGUGUAAUGGAAUUAAAAUUUUGUUCAUUUACUUUUCUUUCUUGUUCGCACGUUACUUAGGGUGCCCUUACUUCAGCAAAGGAGAAAGGAGUAGGAGAGCCUUAGAAUUUAUGAGGAAAAAAAAAAAAACUAUAACAUACAACGUACUGUAUCAAACUAUUUUACAUGAAUGACGCAAGUAUUCUGAGGAAAAAAUUGAACAUUGUUAAAAACAAGGUGUUAUGUAAUAAAUUUAUUUUUCAUAAAUCUGAAAA